AUGGGCCGUUCCUUUCUGGAGGAGGAUCAAUGUUUGAUGUUGAGCAUUGGUUUUGGUGUUCGGGCUUCGACAUAUUUGGGUCAUCUUGUUCAUAGAUUGCUGACUGUUGUGUUUAGAGAUUUUGAAUCUAGUGGAGCUGCUUCAGAUUUUGGGUUGCGUCGGAUGUUUGGUUGCCUAGCAUUUGGUCAUAUCGAGGAUGUGAGAUUUGAUCUGAUUGCACAUUUAGGAUUCAGAGGCUCGUUUGAUUAUCAGUUAGGAGACUCUAAUUUUGUUCUGAGCAGAUAUCUCAGAGGCGUCAGUUCGAUGAAGGACAGGACUGGAUCGAGCCAGUACGCUUACGCGCAUGCAAAACCUAAGGGCAAAGCAAAGCCCGCCGCUGCAAGGCUAAGGCCAAAUAAGGCCGCAGCAGCUGCUAAACCUAAGGCGAAGGUGGCAACCAAGACCAAGGCCCCGGCGGCGAAAUCGAAAGCUCCGGCGAAGACCAAGGCCGCAGCGCCUAAGCCAAAGGCCAAGGAUAAGCCCGCGAAGGUAGCGAAAACUAGUGCGAAGGACACGCCGUCGAAAAAGGCCGCUGCUCCGGCGAAGGCUAAGGCGUCUGCUGCGCCGAAGAAGGCGGCGACGAAGAAGGCACCGGCGAGGGGUCCUACGAGGUCCUCUGCAAGAUCUCCGGCCAAGGCACCAGCCAAAGCUCCGGCAAAGUCACCGGCGAAGUCACCGGCGAAGAAGGCUGCACCAGCGAAGAAGGCGGCGGCGGCGACAAAGAAAGCGGCGCCGGCGAAGAAAGCGUCGCCAGCGAAGAAGGGGAAGUCGGCGCCAUUGAGGAAGGUUCCAGCGAGGAAGGCGAAGAAGUAGGGAAAUUUACUAGGGUUUUUUUUAUAAAAAAGUUCAAUUACCUUUUUUGGUUGUAAAUUUGUGGAUGAGUUAGGGGUAUGUAUGGAAAACUCAUUAUCUUUUGGGCUGAGCAAGGGUGGAGACAUUUUUACACCUGUUUUCUGUUAUAUUCUCUUCUAUGUGGGUGUGAGUGCUAGGGCCCCACCGUAAUUUGUUUUGUUUUCUUAUCGGAUAGGGGAAAAAAGGAAAAAAAACUUUGGAUU